AAAAGUUCAUCAAAAAAAAAAAAAAAAGAUCCCACAAAAAAAAGUCAUACGUUUCGUUUUACCUUAAUACCCAAAUUCUCUGUGUCUCUGUCUCUCUGUACCCAAUCGCCGAUCUCACUACUUUCCCCGGCGAUUUCUCAGGGUUUGGUCAUACAUGGCUUCGUUCCGAGCAUUCUGGAACAGUCCGGUUGGUCCGAAAACAACUCACUUUUGGGGACCUGUUGCUAAUUGGGGUUUCGUCGCAGCUGGGUUGGCGGAUAUAAAUAAACCUCCAGAAAUGAUUUCCGGCAACAUGACAGGAGCAAUGUGUAUCUACUCGGCACUGUUCAUGAGAUUUGCAUGGAUGGUACAGCCUCGCAACUAUCUACUUCUAGCAUGCCAUGUCUCAAAUGAGACCGUUCAACUCUAUCAACUCUCACGAUGGGCAAAGGGCCAAGGGUACUUGUCACAGAAGAAAGAGGAAUCUACAUCUCAGUAAUUUGAUGCUGCCAUCUUUUUCUCCCCUGUUUGCUUUCUGUUUUUAGUAUUAUUUGAAGCAAUAUACUCUUGCUCGUACUGCCAUUGUAGCAUAGCUGAGCAGUUGACUGUUCAGUAAAUCAUGUCUUUUUUAUCUUUAUUUGUACUGAUGUUUUUACAUGUGGAAGUUGACAAACCUUAUAAGAGUAAGAGCUCCAAAUUUGUAAUUGGUGAUGCAGCAAUCAUGUUAUUCAAAUAAAUUUUGGAUUGAUUUCCA